UGGCGGCUGUUUUGAAAGUGGAAGGUAACCAUAGACAGUAUAUAGAAGCUAACAGAAGUUGAAGCAGUGAAGAUGCAGAGGUCGGUGUCCAGUUUGUCUCUGAGUCCCAGUGUGAAGAUGAAACUGGUCAACGCUGGUUUCCAGUUCACCGCGGACCUGCUGCACCUCAAACCGCUACAACUCAGCAAAGAGGCCAGUCUGACCCAGCAGGAGGCGCUGGAGGUGCUGCAGGCUGUGAGGAGAGAGGGAGGAGGAGGUGAUGAGGCAGCAGGAGGAGGAGGAAGAGGAGGAGGAGGAGGAGGAGGAGGACCGUCAGCCUCUCUGACAGCUCUGGAGCUCCUGCAGAAGGAGGAGAUGAUGAAGAGCAUCGUGACCUUUUCCUCUCAGCUGGACGCUGCUCUCGGAGGAGGAUUUCCUGUCGGGAAAACCACAGAAAUCUGUGGAGCUCCGGGAGUCGGAAAGACACAACUGUGCCUGCAGCUGGCGGUGGACGUCCAGGUCCCUCAGUGUUUCGGGGGCGUCGGCGGCCAGGUGGUCUACAUCGACACCGAGGGCAGCUUCCUGCUGCAGAGAGUCGUCGACAUCGCCGCCGCAGCCGUCCACCACUGCUCCUUACUGGUCGAAGACGACGAGCAACGAGUCGCCAUGGAGACCUUCACCGUGGAAACCAUCCUGUCCAACAUGUUCCUGGUGCGUUGCCAUGACUACGUGGAGCUGCUCGCAGAGGUCCACCUGCUGCCUGACUUCCUGUCCGAGCACCCGAGGGUCCGCCUCCUGGUGAUCGACAGCGUGGCGUUCCCGUUCCGGCAGCACUUUGACGAUCUGUCGCAGAGGACGCGCCUCCUCAACGGGCUCGCCCAGCAGCUCAUCGCCAUGGCGACCGGUCGCGGCAUCGCCGUGGCGAUGACCAACCAAAUGACCACCCGGCUAAGCGGCGGCCAAUCACAGCUUGUCCCCGCCCUCGGGGAGAGCUGGGGCCACGCCCCCACCAUCCGGCUCCUCCUACACUGGGCGGGCUCACGCCGGAUGGCGGCCAUCUUUAAAUCUCCAGAUCACAAGGGUGCCACCGUCCAAUACCAGAUCACCUCCGAGGGAUUCAGAGACGUCGGCCAAUCGGAGCAGCCCCCGAGCAAACGACCGCGGACGCAAACCGUCGAGUCAGCUGCCAGCCAGAGAGACGCCAGCUGCUGAUUGGUCAGAGACUGAUGAACACGGUGAAACGGACUUUGAUG